AUGGUGCCCCGGUUUCAAAGUGUUGCUGUAAUCGGCGCUGGCCCAUCUGGCAUUUCUGCCGUCAAAGCAUUGCAAGAAGAAAAUAUUUUCCAGACUAUACGUCUCUUCGAGCGACGGGGUCACAUUGGAGGAAUCUGGCAAUAUGAUGAGACUCCCGAUCUAUUUCCAUCCCAAGAGCCUUCCAGUCAAGAUCACGAAAUCCCAAGUCGCCUUCCGCUGCUUAAAACCCCUUCUCCUGAAGAUGUAACAUCUCGUACAGCCAUUUAUGAGAGCCUUGACAGUAAUGUCGGGGCCAAAGUCAUGGCUUUCACGCACACUCCCUUCCCCGACAUAAAUUCGGCAUCGUCAACCAGACACUUGGGGAAGUUCAACCCAACCCGGCCAUUUCGGGUGGUGAGAAAAUAUCUAGAAGAUGUGUUCCAGGAGUACCUUCAUCUUGCCUCUCUCAAUACAACGGUCGAAAGGCUUGAAAAGCGCAACCAAAAAUGGACCUUAACACUUCGUCAAUCCGGCCAUGGGGAUGGUAACAGCCCUAAGGACUAUUGGUGGGAAGAACAAUUCGAUGCUGUGAUUGUUGCAUCGGGACAUUACAGCGUGCCUUUUGUACCUUUCGUUCCAGGUCUAAGUGCUGCCUUUGCGCGCUAUCCGACCGUAUUCGAGCAUUCAAAGGCGUUCCGCAAGGCAGACGACUAUGUGAAAAAGCGUGUGGUAGUUGUUGGAGGCAGUGUCUCCUCGGCAGAUCUUGUCGCAGAUUUACAUGCCAUUGUGAAAGGUCCGCUCGAGCUGUCUCAGAGAGGGAAGAAUGAAGCGCUUCAAUCCGCAUGGGAAUUACCCAAUGUCAAUGUUAGGCCAACGGUCAAAGAAAUCCAAGCAACCGAAGAAGGGGUAAAUGUCGUGUUUUCUGACAACAGCCGUUUGGAGAGCGUGGACAAGAUCAUUUUCGCCACUGAAUACAGGUUGUCUUAUCCAUUCCUUGUCCCAAACCCCGUGACCCCCAACAACCGGCUAGCAGGGUUUUACCAGCACAUUUUCAAGAUCGGGGACCCAUCUUUGGCUCUCGUCGGCCAGGUCCGCGCUGCGAUCAGCUUCCGGGUUUAUGAAUACCAGGCAGUUGCCGUUGCCCGAUACUUUGCCGGAAGAAAUGCGGUGCCCUUACCAACGCCACAAGAGCAGGAUGUUUGGGAAGUCCAGAGACUUCAAUCCAAAGGGCACACAGCCUUGUUCCACGAAAUAAAGCCCGAGUUUAAGGAGUAUUUCGAUUUCUUGAGAACUUUAGCUGGCCCUCCAGCACCGGCAACGGGAGGUUACUCACUCCCCCCGUGGGAGGAUCGAUGGGCAGAACAAGGAUUUGAGAUUCUUCAGCAAAAGGAUAAAUAUUGGAAGUCACUACGAAGAGCGGCGGAUGGAUUAGGUGUAUUGACGGCUAAACUGUGA